CCCACAGAAAAAGCGACCACGCAAACACCAACUGCAGCGACGAUCGUGCUUGACUUGUGGUGGUCGUGGUGUUUGAGAGUCAGUCGAGUCGGACAGACAAAAGCACACAGGCAAGAAGGAAGAAGAAGAAGACGACGACAACAACGAUGACCGCGACUGCUGCUGUGAAGGUGGCCGUGGCCACGGUGGCCCUGCUGCUCGUCUGCAGCUCCACUCGAGUGGAAGGCGGAAGGCUGAGGGUGUACGCCAAGAGUGGCAACAUCCCAUGGAGCGAGGAUCGGGACAUCUUCAGCGAUGCAGAUGUGGCUGUGAGGCUUCGAGUGGAAGGAGUGACAGACUACAUGAACACAAGAGAGAUCGAGAGCAACAGCCCAACAUGGAAUCAGUGGCUGGAUUUUGGGCGACCGGACAUUGGGCCCUCGGGAACGGUGCGGGCGCAAAUGUGGGACACGGACAAUAGCUUUUUUGAUUCAACCGAUGACUUGAUUGCCGAAGACACGUUCAGCUUCUCGUUCAGCGGAUGCAGCAAGCAAACGCGGUCCUUUCGGUUGAGCAAAGACAUCUACAUCACGGUUUGGUUCCCGUUUGUUGGCAACACCCGCUUCAAACUUGGCACGACCACGUUUGACUUUGACCUCGAAUACACCCCAACCAACCUGUGUUCGACGUCAUACUGCGAUGCGACCUCGACCACAUGCUCCUGUAACUCCGACAACAGUGCAACGUGCUCCUGCAAGAGCGGGUACACCUAUGUUGAUGCACGGCGUUGCCAAGAGCGCAACAUCUGCACCAACAACGCCAAACGUUGCGACCUCUCCUCCACCACGUGCCGCAAGACGGGUCCAGGCACGGCCGAGUGCGACUGCAAGGCCGGCUACCGCCGCAGCACCUCCAUCUCAUGUGCCGCCAUCAACCCGUGCAGCGACAACCCCAACAUCUGUGGCAGCAACUCCCAGUGCUCCAUGACGGGACCGGGCACGUACAGAUGCACGUGUGAGGAUGGCUUCUCCUCGUCGACACGCGACAACAAGAACUGCAGGCCUAUCGACAGGUGUGAGCUGAACACGGACACAUGCAGCGGCAAUACCAUCUGCGAAUACCUGGGACCCAACAGGUUCAAGUGCACGGAGUGCCCCGACGGCCACAAGGCGACGGACGACGAAUGCAAGCAGAUCAACCCCUGCAUGGAGAACGAAGGCAUCUGCGGCGACAACGCACGCUGUGAAUUUGCCGGACCUGGCAAGUACGCGUGCAUGUGCGCGAGUGGAUACGAGCACAACUCGCCCACAGAUAAGUGCACACCCAUCAACCGCUGCGAACAGACACCAGGCCCUUGCGGCGACAACUCCAAGUGCUCUCCAACAGGUCCCGGCACAUACACGUGCCAGUGUGAGCAAGGGUACGAGUCCGAUGACAAUGCCCAGACGAACUGCUCGCCUAUCAACCCGUGCGACACGAACAACGGCGGGUGUGGUUCCAACUCCCAAUGCGAUCACACGGGACCAGGCACGCGCAGGUGCACGUGCGACGCUGGCUACAGAAGCACCUCCAACGACGGAGCAAACUGUGUGGAGAUUGACCCGUGUGUCACCGACAACGGAGGCUGCGGCGAUGCAAGCACCACCCUGUGCACCAAGACGGGCCCGAACGAGCGCGAGUGCAGCUGCAGGGACGGAUUCACGUCGGAGACGGGGCGCGACUGCAUCUGGAUCAACCCAUGCGUCAACGAGGACUACGGCGGCUGUCUGCAAGCAACAGAGAUCUGCAUGAACACCGGCCCCAAUGAGAACAAGUGCGAGUGCCGCACCGGCUUUGAGUUUGAUCAAGAAACCGGACACUGCCAGCGCCCCAAGUGCGGUGACGGGCCGGCGUGCCCAGAGUUUGCGUCGUGUCAGGACGGCACGUGCGUGUGCAAGGGGAGCCUGCGGUUGGUCGAGACAGACACGGGUGACCUGGCCUGUGCCCCAACAACCACCACCACAACUACCACCACAACCACAACUACCACCACUACCACAACUACCACCACUACCACGACCACCACAACCACAACUACCACCACAACCACAACCACGACAACUUCCACCACCACAACCACAACUACCACCACAACCACAACCACGACAACUUCCACCACCACAACCACGACAACUUCCACCACCACUACCACUACCUCGACUACAAGCACAUCAACAACCACAUCAACAACCACGACGAGCACCGCCAAGGAGGACAAGACAACCGCAGCCCCGGACACGACAACAACAGCAACAACCACGACUCCGAACAGCCAGGAAUCGACAACGAGCAAGACUGAUACAACUACGCCAGGCCAAACCACCACCAACGAUGCUGUGGACACCACCACCACCACCACAACAACAACAACAACAACAACAACAACAACAACAACAACAACAACAGACACUGCUACUGCUACUGCCACGACUGCCACGGCCAAUGCCACUGCUGUGCCUGGCGGCAACGGGACGACGAGCGGCUCACCCGCGGUUGUGCGACCAACGGCAAGCGGGCCCGGGUCCCCGUCUGCAUCGAGCAACAGCAACACGGCAAAGGCCACGAUGUGGGGCGCUGUGGGCGGCUCUGCGGGGCUGAUUGUCGUCAUUGUCGUUGUGGUUGUCGUGGUGGUGGUGUCCCGUCGCCGUCGCAGCGGCAGCAGCAGCAGCAAGGCGUCGUGGGAUGCGCCACGCGUGUCGCACGUCAACCCAAUCUUCUCCGCGCCGCCCCCGGCCAACGGGCUGUACGACACGGUUGAGCCCGCACCAGAGGGUGGCCGUUUGAUGGUCAACACCAACUACGAGGACACCAGCGCCCUGCGUGGCCCUGGUGGUAUGUAUGCGCUUGGUGAUGCUGAUGAGGAGGGCAACUACCAGACGCUGCCUGCGUUUGGCGAUGAGGAUGCGGACAUGACCACGUCUGGCUACCAGGAUGUGGCCGGUUACGACUACGGCAAUGAUGCCAUGCAUGAGGGUGGCUACGCCGAUGUGGCGCCCCGCACGCCCACCCAAGCAGUCGUGCACGAGCCUGGCUACGCUGAUGUUGGCGGCAUUGCCGUGGUGCACGAGCACGGCUAUGGCGAUGUUGGUGGCCCCGCCACGCACGAGCCCGGGUACGCAGACGUGGACCCAGAGUCGACGUACGACACCCCGCGGCACACCGCACGCCCGGCUUACGACAACGUCGCGCGCUCGUCAGGCCCGCUGUACGAUGUGCCGAAGCGCGAUGCAGACGCCACGUACGACAGCGUCACGCUUGGCUCGCCCACGUACGACAACCCGCGCGUGAUCAACCUGGCUGCCGACACCGCGACGUACGACAACCCGCGUGUUGUGCUGGACGACAACGCAGAGUACGACCUACCACGCCGCGCGCCCAAGGGCAAGGCGGGCAAGGAGAAGGGCUUUGGCUUUGACGAUGACAUGGACGUCUGAGGAUGAGCAACAGACAACUAGCACCGUGGCUGUCGUUGUCUGUGCCCUGUCGUUUGCUUCUUGUUUAUGGUGGUUUGUGCUUUGUUGCCUUGUGGUUUUGGUUUGCGUUGGUGCUUUUGGUUUACGUUCGUGUUAUCGUUCGCGUUCGCGUUGUCGUUCGCGCUUGUUGUGCUUUGGCUCGUUGUUUUCGCUCGUUUCCUCCAUCCCCCUUAGCUUCAACUCAAGUUGCCAAUUGGCUGUUAUGGCCUCGCUUCUUCUUCUUCAUCAGUUCAUCUCCGGCCCACUUUGACUUUGGUUAUGCUACGCUUCUUGUGACACUUUGGUUUUGCUGGAUCACCACCUCUUCUCCCCCUCCCGACUUGCUCGUGAUGGGCAUUGUGCUGGGUAUCACAGUGCACGCGAUAUUCCGUGUUUGUGUGUUGGUUUUGUUUGCGUUCAUUUUUUUGUGGCUUGUGUGGUCUGGUUUUGAUUUGGCUCACUUUGCUCAUUUCAUGCACGAGGCAAGUGCUUUGCGUUCACCUCCCUCGCUUGCCUUGCCUGUGGGUGCUGUUGUCGUGAGUUUGAUUGAACAGAGCAUGCAUCAUCACGACUGUAUGUCAAAACAAGCAAGAGACCGCCGCCGCAAUCAAACCAGGUUGCAGCAUCAUAAAAAGUAGCCGAAUG